AUGAUGGAGGAAAUGCGCCAAACCUGGAAAGAAAUGGACACCAACCAAUUGAAAAAAGAUUUCGGAAAUUUGACAGGGGUAAAUAAAAACAUCGGACAAAAAUCGAUAAUAAUAAUAAUAUUUGAAUAUUUUCAGACAAUUUCCAUUGCUCUUGUCAAAUGUUGGUGUUAUCCAGAAGUUAUCGACCGAUUAAACGAAAUAUCGAGAUUUCACAAUCUAACUGAUGAGGUAUUCAAAAGAAUUGGCCCAGCCAUCAACAAAAAUUUCCCGAAACAAUCAAAAUAUUAUCGAAUAAUAGAACCAAGGAUAUACUAUAGUGUAGCUGGCACAAUUGUUGAUUUACGGCAAAUCGAAAUGGAGAUAAAGUUCGAGGAAAAAGGUGAUGAAGGAAAACCUCUCCAAGAUUUUCUGGAAAUGUAUGGUGAUAGUCCGUUGUUACACGAUUUUUUCCAGUGAGUUUGCCGAUAACUGAAAAACAUAAAUUAUUUCUUGAUUUAGAGAGCAGCGAGCCAGAAGAAACAGAAACACAAAAUUGAAGACGAUGAUUGAUCGAUUCAAAUCGUUUGAAAACAACUAUCCAAAUGAAUGUUUCAACACAACACCCAAUCGCCUAUUCAAAAUACGCAUGUUUCCAACAAAAUGCACAAUAACUGCUCCUUCCGGAAAGAAAAAACUGAAAUUCCGAAACCUCUCGAAAGAAGAUCUGGUAUUUAAAAUAAAAGUAUCAGAUUCGGCCGAAUGCAAGAUAACCCCUAAUUUGGGAAGCGUCAACAGCAAUCAACAAAUCAUCUUAUCUAUUCACCAACGUAACGGAAAAGUUGGAAAAUAUCGGUUGGUUCUGGAGUUUUUGCAAGUAAAUCAGAAGAUGGAAAACGAAGAAAUCAAAGAAUUAUUCUCAAAUAAUUCAAAUGUGGAAAUUGUGAGUGUUGAAAUAGAAAGUACUUGA